AUGAUCUACUUUAUACUUCUGUUUAUUACAUUCUCAUUAUCAAAACAGUGUAGUGAAUAUACUACAAAUGAAAUAGAUACAGUAGAUAGUGCAUUUGAAUGUAUUGAAUCAAUUGAAACAACAGAAAAAGAAAAUAAUGAUAUUAUCACAGGAUUAAAAUAUUAUUUAGAAGCAUAUGUAUUUAAAGAUAUAUUAAAGAAUCCACCACAACCAUCAUUUUCAAAUAAUUAUUAUGAAAAAGUGGAUAUUGAUGCAGAAUUAAAUAAAAUAAAUACAAAAACAACAAGUAUGUAUGAAUUCUAUUCUCAAAUUAAAAAUCUCAUUAUUUCAACAAGAGAUGGACAUUUAGGUUUUAAUGUAGAUGACAAACUUAAUAAACCAAAAUCAGAAUUAACUAAUUUCUUUUAUUUCCUUCCAUUUACAAUAAAUAUUGAUAAUGAUAAGAAAAUGUAUUUAAUUCCUAGAAAAAGUCUUGGUGGUAUUCCUAUUGAUGUUCCAGAAGAAAUAGAUGAUAAUCAGAACAUAGCAGUUAAAACAAUAAAUGGAGAAGAUCCAUUUAAUAUUAUUCGUGAAUUUGGAAAGAAAUAUAUGAGAUUAAAAUGUCCACAUGCACAAUUUACAGAAGCAAGAUCAGUAAUUUCAAUUGGGUCAUUGAGUGACACACCAUUAACAAAAGAAUAUUUAAACACACCAAUAACUAUUACAUGGGAAAAUGAAGAAAGUGUCACAAUUAACUAUUCUAUAUUCAAGCUAUCAACACCUAAUAAAUCACUUAAAGAGUUACUUCAAGGAGAAGAAGUUAAACAAGGAAUUCAACCAAAACUAACACCAGAAGAAAUAAAAUCAAGAAAAGAACUUGUGAAAAGAAUGAAAACAAAACAAGGAAGAAAUAAACCACAUAAAUCAGAUGAUAAUAAAGUAUAUUGUUCAUUAUCAGAUAAUAAAAUUAAUACAUUUGUCAUUACGUCGUUUGACCCUAAAGAUGCAUAUGUUAAAUCAUAUGAAGAUACUAUUUUAAAAUGUAUUGAUUUAUUUGAUUCUAAUAAAUAUCCUAUUCAACUCAUAUUCCCAAAGAAUGGAGGAGGUGAUUAUGAUUAUUCACAAUGGGUUCAGAAAAUACUUGCACCAUAUGAUGAUGUUAAUGAUAUAGAGUCAGGAAGAAUAUCAGAUCUUACAGAAGAUAUAAUGAGAAGAGGAUAUGGAACUUAUAUAUAUGAUCCAGAAACAUGUGAAAGAAGAGAAAAAGGAAUUAAUCCACAAACACUUGGAGAAUGGUAUACAAAUCCAAAUAUUAUUAAAUAUGGUGAUGUUGAACAUAAAGUUUCACAACCAUCAACUGAAAAUUGGGAAGCAAAGAAAAUAAUGAAAAACCCAAGAAAACCAACAGAAAUAGUAGUUUAUACAGAUUCAUUUUGUUAUUCUGCUUGUUCAGAAGUAACAAAAGGAUUAAAAGAAUGGGGAGGAGCUAUUCUUGUUGGAUUUGAUGGUGAUCCUAAUGGUAAAGAUGAAGAAUUUGAAGUAGGAUUAUCACCAACUGUUGUUAUUGAUUUAAAUGAUAUAGAUAAAAAUAAUAUAAUUAAACAAUAUGGAUAUAAAGUUGGAAUAAGCAUUAUAGAAACAUAUAGAUAUAAUUAUGAAUAUAAUGAAAGUAUUCCUAGAGAAUUUUUAACAGAUAUGAUAGAUGAAAGAGUGAAUAUUUAUCAAUUUGAUUAUUCAGAUGAAACAAUAAAAGAAUUUGAAGAAGAAACAAAGAAGAUAAUAGAGAAAUAUCAAACAAAAUGUAAUCCAAAGAAUAAAAGAUUAGUUAAAAGAGAUGAAAAAUGUGAUAAAGAAAUUAAUAUAGAACAUGGACAUGGAGGAUAUGAAUGUGGAGAUAAUGGAGAAUGGAGUACAAAAUGUGUACUAUCAUAUUGUGAUGAAGGAUAUAAAUUUGAUUAUAUCAAUAACAAUUGCAUUGAAGAUGUAUGUGUUAAUCCACCAACAGACAAUGGAACACCAAACAUGACAGUAAACCUAGUCAUGAUAAUAAUUGGAAUAAUCACAUUAAUUCUCUAA